CGUCCCUGCUGUUCUAUAUAACCGUAGCUAACGAAUCAUGGCACUUGACGGUGUCAAAAACAUCGUGUUGGUUUUAUCCGGCAAAGGCGGCGUCGGCAAAUCAUCCGUAACUUUACAACUUGCUCUAGCCCUAACCCUUCAGGGCCGGUCUGUGGGCAUUCUUGACGUCGACCUGACAGGGCCUUCAAUACCACGCUUAGUUGGAAAGGAAGAUGCAAAAAUUACACAAGGGUCCGGCGGCUGGACGCCGGUUUUAGUGCAUCCCGCAUUCGCAGCUUCCUCCUCCAAUUCCUCCGUACCAUCUCCACCUCCUCAGUCGUCCACCUCCGCCGCUACGGGAACCGGCGGACCAACCGGUACAGGUACAGAUAAAAGAACAACUACUAUUACUACUACUACUACCACUACCACGUCACAGCCUUCUGUGACACUGCCGGAUACAAAUACAGAUCCGGAUCCAGAUACAGAUACACAACCCAAUACCCAACCCCAGCUACAAAAUGACCAAAAACGCCCAACCGACACCGCACCCCGCGGCUCCCUCCGCUGCAUGUCCCUUGGCUUCCUCCUCCGCGACCGCGGCGACGCUGUAAUCUGGCGCGGCCCCAAAAAGACCGCAAUGAUCCGCCAAUUCCUCACAGACGUCCUAUGGGGCGAAACCGACUACCUACUCGUCGACACCCCGCCAGGAACCAGCGACGAGCACAUUGCGCUCGCGGAGCAAUUGCUCACACUUGCGACCACUACACGCAUCGGAACAGCAACAAGCCAUGAUGCCACAUCUGCCCAGCAGCAGCAACAAGAACAACAACAACAACAGCAACAGCAAAGGAAGAAACCCCUCCUAGCCGGCGCUGUCCUCGUCACGACCCCACAGGCCAUCUCGACAGCAGACGUGCGCAAGGAACUCAAUUUCUGCGCCAAGACGUGUAUCCCCGUCAUUGGCGUUGUUGAGAAUAUGUCUGGGUACUCAUGUCCGUGCUGCGGGGAGGUGAGUAAUGUGUUUUCUAGUGGUGGGGGCAGGGUGAUGGCGGAGGAGAUGGGGGUGAGGUUUUUGGGGGCCGUGCCGAUUGAUGUGGGGUUUGGAGAGAUGGUGGAAGGGGUGAGGGGGAAUAGGGAGGCGGUGGUUGAUGGGAGUGAGGGUGAGGAAUUUUUGGUGGAAAGGUAUCAGAAGUGUUGGUCCAGGCCGCUUUUUGAGGGGUUUGCAAGAACAGUUAUUGAAGAGGCGGAGGGACACCGGUGA